UGUGAAGUGAUCUUCAUCCACAAAAUCGAAGAUGGGAAAUCAUACUUUUAUCUUGUUUCCACUAUUAUAUCUAACACUUUCAACAAAAGUUCAUUCAUUUUCAUGGAACUGGUUUUCUUCUUCUGAUAAGCACCAAAAUUCAAAGCAUAAUACAGCAAGUAUAGAUGGUUUAGUUGCUGAGUUUUCUAUGGAAGCUUUGAAUGAUCCUAACGCUGUUGAAUUACUCGAAAAUGCGAAAAUGAAGUUGGAAGGAUCGAAUCCAUGUUGGUUUUAUGCAUAUAAGAGUUUAUUUUCUUCAUGUACAGAGAUUUUUGCUGAAGAGGAAAAGAGAAGUAGACUUGCUUGGCUUCUUAGUGAUUGUUUUCAAAGAGAUUCAGGGAGAAAUUCUUUUCCUCCUUGUAGUAUGAAAACUGCCAUGGUAGAUUGUCUUCGAAAGUUGAACAAUGAUGAUCACAAGACUUACUUGGAGUUUUACCUUGAGACUAACUCUAUUUGCCACCAAUUACAGUCAAAGGCUUUUAAGGUUCAAGUUGAAAGUUUGGUGAAUAACUUGAAAGAUUCAGCAUUAUCUACAGAAGAAAAAUUACAAACCAUUGAAGAAAAAUCAGAUACUCUUCUACAUAACUCAAACCAAAUACAAGAAUCAAUAAUAUCCAUUGAUGAACAAACACAAAAAGUGGGAGAAAAUUUGAGGAACAUGUUAAAUGACAUAGGCAUUGUAAUGAAGCACUCAAAAGAGCUUAAUGAGCAAGCUAAGGGUAUUGCCUUAUCACAAGGAGAGUUAUUAGAAGGACAACAUUUAAUGAAGGAGAAAAUGGAAGAAAGUAUUGUAAAUAGAAGAAUCUACAGUGAUUUAAGACAAGAAAUUGAAGUAUUGCAAAAGAAAGCAACUGAAGUUGAAAAGGAAGUUACUAGAGUUGGAGAAACUUUGUCUUUAAAGUUGCAAAAUCUUCAAGGAAAAACUGAUGAUAUUGCUGAUAUGGCUGGAAUUUCAAUAGAGAAGCAGCAUCAACUUCUUGCUAGUCAGUCUGAGGCACUUCAGGGUCUUCAGUUUCUUACUGACUUUCAGUCUAAAGCUCUACAAGAAAGCAGGGACAGUUUACAGCAAAUAGUAGGAUUUGCACAUGGACAACACGAAGAACUUAAGGAGCAACAGGAACAGCUACUGCAGGCUCACAAUCUUUUGGCUAGCAAUUCAAGAUCAAUGUUAAAAGCUCAGGAAACUUUCGAGACGAAACAAGCAAAUAUGUUUACUGCCAUUGAUAAGCUCUUUGCUCUCCACAAUGCCAUGUUGCUUGAGUCAAGGCUUAUUAAAGCUUUCUUUAUUUACUCCCUUCUAAUCGUUGUCCUUUACAUGUUCACCAGCACAAAACAAACUUACUCUGUAAGAUGUAGUCUUUACAUAGGUCUAUGUAUUGCAUUUGCAAUAGAGUGUGGAAUACUGCAGUUUACAACUAUCGAAACUGAACAGAAAACUCGACUUAGAACCAUAGUGAAGUCACUUCUUGGUGUUCAUUCUGUGAUCCAGCUUCUAUACUCGUUCGUUACUUACAGGGACUAUGAAGCACUCAAUCAUAAGAUGCUAGCAACUUUGAUAGACAAGGUAAACAACAUUCAAAAAGAAACUAUUUCUUCAGAUGAUGAGGAAGUGGAUAGUGAAGUUGAUUGGCUAUCAUGGGUGGAGACUGAAUUGCCUGAAGAUUUAAGCAUUACUGAAGAUCCAGACUAUAAAUCACCAGUUGAAGAUGAAGGAAAGUCUCAAAACUCUAUUGUGAUUAGUGAUGGAAGAAAGUACAAUCUCAGGCAUCGCAAGAAUAUGAAACGAUGAUUUUGUUAUGUAAUGGACUUGUAUUGUUAAACUAUUAGGAUGUAUGAUGAUCUCAAUUUAGAGAUGUGUUUAACAAGUAGUGUUUGAUGCUUGAAAUAGAUGCAGCAAGUAGGCAAAAAAAUAACGUUUUCAAACAUGAGAAAAGCUAUACAUGUAUAUAAUCAAAGUGCGGUAUGUGAAUAGUUUCAAAAGUCAAAAUGAAAUAACAAAUAACAGAGGGACUGAGGGAGUAUAUGCUCAAAAAAUAAAGAACCUCAAGUAUCAACAACCAAAAAUCCCAACAUAUAUAGCAUGUUUCCUAGCAGUCACUAGCAACUUUCCUGAACAGUGUGUAACAGCAGCAAAAUCCAUGA